AUGGAGUCACAUAAAGAUGCUUCAGAAAUAUGCGAAUUCUACAAAGACAAGCACGUACUAUUGACCGGAGGGACUGGUAUGUUGGGAAAAUUGUUAUUCCACCGUCUUAAGAAAGAAGAUCCGAUCUUCAUGGAGCGAUUGAAGAUCGUUCCUGGUGAUGUAUCCGAGCCUGGACAUGGGUUGUCUUCGGCGGAUGUUGAACACUUGAUCGAGAAAGUCCAGGUUGUAUUUCACACUGCUGCCACAGUCAAGUUCGACGAACCUUUGUCUACUGCGACGAAGAUAAAUUCCGUGGUUCAUGUUUCUACAGCUUACAGUCACAGUCCCAGGAAAGAGAUCAGAGAGGAAUUCUACCAGACACCGAUUUCUCCUCAAGGCCUCAUCGCUUUAGAUGAUAAUUUAAGCCCUCAACUAUUGAACGUCAUAACACCGCAAAUCAUGGGAGAAUGGAUUAACACGUACGUGUUUACGAAAGCAGUCGCUGAGGAAGCUGUAAGGGAAAAUGUACUUACAACAAGAAGUGAACCCAUUCCUAAUUGGAUAGCUCAUAUUCAUGGACCAAUAAUAAUAUUAGUUGGAUAUUAUGUUGGAGCAGCCUGUGUUCUCAAGUUUAAUAAUAACGAUAAAGGAGAACUGGUACCAGCAGAUAUGACUGUGAAUUGCCUUCUAGCAGUUGGAUAUGAAACAGCUAAAUCAAGAAAAUUGCAGGAAAUUCCAAUCUAUAAUUUCACGAGUCAUCCCCAAAAUCCUUUAUUAUGGGCUGAUAUGUUUCGCUUUAACGAAGAGAGAAUCAUGGAAAUACCAUAUUCUCAGACAUAUUGGCACUAUUCUUCAAAAUUCAUUUUCAAAAAUAAUUUUCUUUACUACUUACUAGCAUUUUUUCUACAAAUAUUGCCUGCAGUUAUAAUUGACUUAGGGCUUAUCUUUCUACAUAAGAAACCCAGAUUUUUAAAGAAGUACAAUAAAAUCCAUUAUAGUAUGCAUCUUUUGGAAUACUUUACCACACAAACUUGGAUAUUUUCACUCGAAAACACAAUGGGUCUUUGGAGAAGUCUUAAUGACGAAGACAAAAAAUUGUUUGACUUUAACAUGGAAUCGCUUGAUUUUAAAUCCUUUUUAAAAGGUACCAUUGAUGGUAUUAGGAUAUAUCUGAAAGACGAAGAGAAGGAUUUGACAUGUACAAAGAGAAGAUAUUUUAUACCUGUCUUUACUUAUGGAUCAGAGACAUGGGACAACUCAAGCGCAGAAGAGAAAGAGAUCCUCGAACAA